AUGCCUACUCAUGGUGUGCCCCGGUACAAACCAGUUGAGAAGUCCGCUGAGGCACGACAGCAAGAGUUGCAGAAGAUCGAAAAUUAUAAGGACCUUGAACGUUCAGUGUCCGAAAAGGUGGCUGAGCAUGAAUACACCAUCGAGACCUUGAAGAAGAUCUCGGAGCUGUUGUCUAGCAAUCCAGAAUACUACACAGCCUGGAACUACCGCCGGCAGGUAUUGCAAUAUCAAUUUUCCCAAGCGGGAGAUUCAGGCAAUGAAGAUGCUGCCGAUUCGAUCGCGCAGUUAAUCAUAAACGAUUUACACUUCCUGAUUCCUCUUCUCAAGAGCUUCCCUAAAUGCUACUGGAUCUGGAACUAUCGACUGUGGCUAUUGGAUGAGGCUCGCCGUCUACUACCCUCACCCGAGGCGCGGCAAAUGUGGCAGCAAGAGCUUGCCCUUGUUGGCAAGAUGUUGACCCUUGAUAGUCGGAAUUUCCACGGGUGGGGUUACCGACGCUUUGUGGUUGAGACUUUGAAACAGCUUGGCACGAUCGAAGAAGCAACAAGCAUGACCCAGAAGGAGUUUGAAUAUGCGAAGAAGAUGAUCGGUGCCAACCUUUCCAACUUCUCCGCGUGGCAUUAUCGGACUAAGCUUAUCCAAUCGCUUCUGGAUGAGCAAUCGGCCAGCGACGAGGAACGCAAAAGAAUGUUGGAUGAUGAACUAACGCUUAUUCACCAAGCUUUUAUUGACCCUUAUGACCAGUCACUUUGGUUUUAUCACCAAAAUCUGAUGAGUGUAUUUGACCCGUCCAUGGCCGGACGAACUAUGGCUCCCAACUUGAGCUCAUCCGAUCGGCUAGAAUACAUUCAAAAUGAGAUUGAGGAGAUCCAAGAGAUGUUGGACGGAGCCGAAGACUGCAAAUAUAUCUACCAGGCCUUAAUUGAAUGCACCCUUCUUGCAUCUAAGGUGGAGGGGAGCUUGUCUUCUGCGGAUCGGGAUCAGAUUCUGAGCUGGCUCUCGGAAUUAAAGAAGCUGGAUCCACUGAGGCGAGAAAGAUGGCUUGAUUUCGAAAAGACCGUGUGA